AUGUCCGCUACAACGGCUCAGCAACCUCCUGUCAUACCCCCGAGACCCUCGAGGAGUCAAGAGAGAGCACCCCUUCCAAUGGUCCCUCCACGCCCUGCCAACCGGCGCUUCCAGCGCUCAAUAAGUCCCAACCCGGACCGAUUUGCUCCCUCGCCGCUCAACGAGAGCCCCCUCGUCAAGUCCAAGUCCCUCCAUCCUGGCGGCCGCACCUAUGGCGAUCCCAUUCCCCGUUCCACCUCCGUCGACCUCCCCUCUCUCGGCGAAGAGGGUGCCGAGUAUGCCAACCUGGCCCAAGAAUCGAGCCCUUCCAAUGAGGAGAGCACCAGUCCCGAGCACACCCGCACCGUCGGCGAGGAUGUCAAGCUUCAUGCGCCCAAGCCAUCUCUGCCUGCCGCCAGCGCCAAGCAGCGCGUGAUGGCGGUUACCCGUACCGACAGCGACCGUGCUGCCGCCUUUGGCAUUGGCAGACCCAGCAGCAACGACGAUUCCGCCGGCGCCUUGCCCUCGAACCGCAGCCUCAAGAAGAAGGCCAGCACAACCAGUCAGCUGUCCGCCAAGAGUGAUAUCGAUGACGAGCAUGGCAUUCCCGAGAUUGGUAUCCAGGUUCCCAUGCUCAAGCAUGCCGGUGAUGUGCAGGCUCCUUCACCUGCUCCUUCCACCGUCGAGAAGAAGCACCACAGUCGUCGGUCGUCCAGUCGUGGCAACCUGCCUCCUGGUAGCUACGGCUUGCACGGCCAUGGUGUUGGUCCCCAGGACAAGCUCGACAAGGCCUACUUCGAGAAGCACCCCGAGCUUCUCAAGAAGGAGCAUGUACUCCACCACUAUGAUCGUGUCAAGGACUUUUCCAUGAGCAGUGAGGAGCUGAACAAGAUCGUCCGUGAGACCAUCACUCGUGGUUCUGGUCUUGGCGUCAAGAACUACUCUGGCACCCCCACCGAUCAGGUCGCCUGGCAAGCCCUGGAAGAGUCGACCUCCCGUGUCGCCUCGCCUGGUCCUGCUUCUCCCAAGAAGCCCUCUUCAGUGAUCUCCGACUCAGACAAGGACAAGGAAGCCCGUCGCCCUUCUUCCAUCAGUGACGUCAUUCACGUCGAGGAGCCCAACCGCCGGAGGUCUGUGAUGUUCAGCGACAACGAGUCGCCCGCCGUUGAGGAGGAGGCUUACGACGCGCCCAUCCUGGCCGAGGACGAGGUUGCCAAGGACCCGUCACCCUAUGUUCACCAGCCUGCUGUUGAGCUUCCCAACGAAGAUCAGCCUACUAGCCGCCCCACCAGCAGGCCUGCCAGCAUCUACAAGGAGCAUUCCUUUGAGCACCGCUCCACUCCCCUUGAGGAUGUUGAGGAGUACGAGCCCCUUUUUGAGGACGAUGACAAGGUUGUCAAGAAGGAGCCCGUCAAGGAGAAGCCCAAGAGCGUCAAGAAGCAGCGUUUCCCUAGCGCGGAUAUCUGGGAGGACGCACCCAGCUCCGUCUACUACACGGCUGAGGUGUCUACUCCGGAUCUCUUUGAAGGCGAAGACAAGUCAGAAAAUGCCGCCAGCAUUGUUCCUCCCACCAGAGAUGGAGAGACUCCCGCUCAGGCAUUUGCCCGCCACCAGGAGGAACUGGCCGAGAAGGAGGUCAGGGAACGUGGAGCCGAUGGCUUCAUCCCCGGCCGGAGCGCGAAGCCGCUCUGGGUCAAGCACCAGCCCCAUCUUGCCAGCGAAACCAAGGCUGCGGGCCGUCCCGGUAUGCACAACCGCUUCCCUAGUCGGGACGUUUGGGAGGAUAGCCCAGAGUCCCUCCAGCUCGAGACCACCGUCUCCACUCCCCAGCAAGACGACUCUGUUCCUUCGCCAGUUGAAACCUCUUCUCCUACCACUGCCGCCAAGAAGCCCGAGAUCCCCGCUCGUCCCAAGCCCAAGGUCUCCGGUGACGACAACAAGCCCGCUAUCCCCGAGCGUCCCAAACCCGCGAUUCCUGUCCGCCCCGUCAAGGCGGGCCCUACCUCUGGCGGGCUAGAACCUGCUGAGGCGGCUGCGCCCCCAAAGCAAAAGCCUGCUGUCCCGGCUAGACCAGUUGGUGGCAAGAUCGCGGCGUUGCAGGCCGGGUUUAUGAAUGAUCUUAAUAGACGUCUGCAGCUCGGCCCUCAGGCGCCGGUGAAGAAGGAGGAGCCGGCGGAGGAGAAGGAGGAGGAAGAGAAGAAGGAGAAGGCGCCGCUUGUUGAUGCGAGAAAGGGGAGGGCUAGGGGUCCGCAGAGACGGGCACCCAGUGCCAAGCAGGAGCCUCCCAAGGAAGCGCCUAAACCUACUGUCAUCUUUGGUGUGUCAUCGGCGUUUACUUUCUUUGAGAUUGAUCCUGAAGAGGGUGAGCUCAGUGUUGGUGGUGGGCAUCCCAGUCUUGGAGAGCCUGAGUCGCCGGUUGAGAAGACGGUGGAGGAGCAGGUUCUUGUUGAGGAGAAGAGGGAGGAGACUCCUGUUGUAGAGGAGAAGAAGGAGUCAGAACUGGUGCCAGAAGCCAAGGUUGAGGAGACCAAGGCCGAGGAACCUAAGGCUGAGGAGCCCAAGGAGGAGCCCAAGGUUGAAGAAUCCAAGGAAGAACUGGAGGAGAAACCAAAACCCCAGGCGGAGCCUGAAAAGGAAGAAGAACCCGCCUCGAAACCGGGCAUCAUCGAGACGGUCAAGUCUCUGGUCACCAACAUGGCUGGGGAGACGAUUGUCCAGGAGAAGGUGGAGCAGGAUGAGGAGAAGAAGACGGUUGAGUCUGCUACUGCUGAGGAGAAGUGA